AAAAAGGUGAAGGGUCAGUUAUUACGAAAUCGAUAUGUGAUCUAUUACGCAUGCGCAAUCUCUUGACUAGGAACAACCCACGGGGAAGUGAAUACAGAGCAGAAAUCUGAACAGAUCGUCCCUAUCUUCGGUAAGAACGAGCUUAACAGCUUUUCUAUAGACUCGCGGAGAGUUUAUUUACUCCUCUGUUCGUAGAAAUGGGCGCCUACAAGUAUUUGGAGGAACUGUGGCGUAAGAAGCAGUCGGACUUGCUCCGGUUCUUGUUGAGGGUCCGCUGCUGGCAGUACCGGCAGCUGACGUCCGUCCACCGCGCCGUGAGACCCACUCGUCCGGACAAGGCUCGGAGACUCGGCUACAAGGCCAAGCAGGGCUACGUCAUCUACAGGGUGCGCGUUAGAAGGGGUGGACGAAAGAGGAAGGUCCCCGCAGGUCACAAGAGGGGUAAACCCACCAAUAUGGGAGUCACUCAGCUCAAGUUCCAGAGGAGUCUUCGCUCUGUGGCAGAGGAGAGAGCAGGGAGAUACUGCGGGGCACUCCGAGUCCUCAACUCCUACUGGGUCGGACAGGACUCUGUGUUCAAGUUCUACGAAGUCAUACUGGUGGACCCGCAGCACAAGGCCAUCCGUCGAGACCCCCGCAUCAACUGGCUGUGCAACGCCGUCCACAAGCACAGGGAGCUGCGUGGGCUCACUUCGGCCGGCCGGAAGAACCGGGGGCUUGGCAGGGGUCACCGGCACAGCAAGGUCAUCGGCGGGUCACGGCAUGCCAGCUGGUUGAGACGAAACACUCUCUCCCUCCGCCGCUACCGCUAGUGGUUGGUCUUUGUAUAGUCUCACCCUUCGAACUGGUUGAUAUUAUUAAUUGUGGAUGUAUAAUAAAAUUUCUCUGGAAUAUUAUUAUUCAUGAGAGGGGCGCCCCCCGCCU